GCAAGGGCCAUCCAGCAAACACAAAAAGGACCAAAGUGGGCAUAUUCUGAGGAGAGCAGGACAGGGCAGGGCAGCAACCGGAAUUCGAUCGAAAGGGCAAAAAAAACUUCCCUUCUUCCUCCUUCCUUCGUCGGCUUCACGCUUCUCCUUGCUUUUUCUCCCUUCUCCCCUCGCAUAUCGAUCGCUCUCUCCCGGCUCGCUCAAACUCGGCCAAGAUGCAUUCCAGCCACCUGCUUCUCGAGGAGCCCAUUCGCAUGGCGUCAAUCCUCGAGUCUUCCAAGUCUAGCUUCUUCCCGGCAAUGACUAAGAUUGUUGGGACUCUCGGCCCCAACUCGCGAUCGACGGAGAUGAUUGCGGGCUGCCUCACGGCUGGAAUGUCGGUGGCUCGAUUCGAUUUCUCCUGGGGCGACGCUGAGUAUCACCAGCAGACUUUGGAGAACCUGAAAGCUGCCAUCAAGAGCACCAGGAAGCUCUGCGCGGUUAUGCUCGAUACGGUGGGUCCUGAGUUGCAGGUUCUUAACAGAAGUGAACAACCCAUUUCACUCCUGCAAGAUGGUCUUGUCAUCCUGACACCUGAUAAGGAACAGAAUGCCUCAUCAGAAAUAUUGCCCAUUAACUUUGAUGGGUUAGCCAAGGCUGUGAAACCUGGAGAUACCAUAUUUGUUGGUCAAUAUCUCUUCACUGGCAGUGAAACUACUUCUGUGUGGCUGGAGGUUUCUGAGGUCAAAGGAGAAGAUGUGGUAUGUGUGAUUAAAAAUACCGCUACAUUGGCAGGGUCGUUGUUCACUCUACAUGCUUCUCAAAUCCGUAUUGAACUACCUACCCUUUCCGAAAAGGAUAAGGAGGUCAGUGUUAUUAGUGCCUGGGGAGUGCCAAAUAAAAUCGACUUUCUUUCAUUAUCUUAUACCCGACAUGCCGAAGAUGUCCGUCAGGCCCGUGAAUACCUCUCUAAGCUAGGCGACCUGAGCCAAACUCAAAUCUUCGCUAAGAUUGAGAAUGUUGAGGGAUUGACGCAUUUUGAUGAGAUAUUACAAGAGGCUGAUGGCAUUAUUCUUUCCCGAGGGAACCUGGGCAUAGAUCUGCCCCCUGAGAAGGUGUUCUUGUUUCAGAAAGCUGCCCUUUACAAGUGCAACAUGGCUGGCAAGCCUGCUGUGGUCACCCGUGUUGUAGACACUAUGACAAACAAUUUGAGGCCAACUCGUGCUGAAGCUACUGAUGUUGCCAAUGCUGUUCUAGAUGGGAGUGACGCAAUUCUUCUUGGUGCUGAAACUCUUCGUGGGAUAUAUCCUGUGGAAACCAUUUCUACUGUUGGCAGAAUUUGUUGUGAGGCAGAGAAGGUUUUUAAUCAGGAUGUCUAUUUCAAGAAAACUGUCAAAUAUGUUGGAGAGCCAAUGACUCACUUAGAAUCUAUUGCCUCCUCUGCGGUUCGAGCAGCCAUCAAGGUGAAGGCCUCUGUCAUCAUAUGUUUCACUUCAUCAGGAAGGGCCGCUAGACUGAUUGCCAAGUAUAGACCAACGAUGCCAGUCAUCUCUGUUGUUAUCCCCAGACUCAAGACAAACCAACUGAAGUGGAGUUUCAGUGGUGCUUUUGAGGCAAGGCAAUCGCUUAUAGUUCGAGGUCUCUUCCCAAUGCUCGCUGAUCCGAGACACCACGCUGAAUCAACGAGUGCCACAAAUGAAUCAGUCCUGAAGGUUGCUUUGGACCACGGGAAGGCCUCAGGCGUGAUCAAGUCCCACGACAGAGUAGUCGUCUGCCAGAAAGUCGGAGACGCGUCGGUGGUUAAGAUCAUCGAGCUUGAAGAUUAGAGGCGAAGACACAAUGGGCAAGAUUUUCCCCCCUCCCUACAUGUAAGACCGACUAUAUAAGGAAGUGGGUGGCAAGGGUUUAUGAUAUUAUUACGCACUCACUGCGGAGGGUGUGAAAGCCUCCAGUUUUUUUGGGAGUAUUUUGAUUCUUGGUUUUGAGAUUGUAUCAAGGAAACAAAAUACACUGAGCAAUCUGUUUUAGUUCAGCUUAUAAACUAAUGGUAGGGGGAAAUUGGGGAGAUCUUGACUUAGUGGCUGUGAAAAAGUUUCAUUGUUUUAUGCAUAGUAGCCGUCGAAGUAUCUAAAUGGGUAUAAAUGCUAAUUCUUCUUUAAACAUGCUUAGCAACAAAGAAUGUUAAUUGCUA